AUGGAACUGCAAGCGCGCGCCGGCUACCGCAGUCAAAUAACAAAAAUAGUUAACGAGGCUACAGAAUAUUUGAAAACUGCGGGAAUAAGAGAUAUGGAGGAUAUGUCUAAAUUAGACACCAUUGAAGAAGAUCUCGCAUCUUAUCUGCAGCGUCUCACUACCGCCAAUGAGAAUCUUCGCAUAAUCAACAAUGAAUUUCAGAAUAAAAACAUCGAGGAUUCUAAACCAGAGAAGGUAGCCGAAUAUGAAGACUCUGCUGUAGGUAUGAUGGCUAGGUUACAAGUUCGAUUAGCAAAGGUACAAGCUAAAAUUAAUCCCUACCAAAAUGAUGAGAACGUGCGUCGUCAAUCUGCAACACCAUUGCAGCGGGCUCGUUGUACGAAACUUCCCAAAUUAGAGCUGAAAAAGUAUUCAGGAGACCAUCAAGAAUGGAUUAGUUUUUGGGAAAAUUUCCGUACGACUGUGCAUGGGAAUGAGUCUUUGAGUGGAGCAGAAAAAUUCAAUUAUUUGCAGUCUGUUUUAACUGGGAACGCAGCGAAGACCAUAUCAGGUUUCACCCCCACUGAUACCUGCUACGAUGGGGCUAUCUCUCUUUUGCAAGAGGAGUAUGGAGAUUCGGAAAAAUUAAUAGAUAAGUUGAUGCAAAAACUUAUGGCGCUUCCAGCUGUUCAUAGCAAAACUGAUUCAACGGGAUUAAGAAAUUUAUACAAUACGGUAAUUUCUUGCAGUCGGUCUCUUACAGCACUAGGUGUUCCUUCUUCUCAUUAUUAUAUAAUGCUUAAGACGAUUCUCCUGAAAUGCAUGCCAAAUGAACUCCGAAUUGAUUAUCACCGAAUACAGAAAGAAAGCUUGAUAAAAGGCGAAGACGUCAAUGAUUCAGCUUCUGAUACCGGAUCUACUCUUUCUUUCGAUGGAGACAAACAGGUGAAAAAUAUUCUUAGAUUUCUUAAGCAAGAAGUUGAGUCGAUUGAGAGGGCAGGUGUUAGCAAUUCUUCAGUGCGAGCGAGCACACACCGUUCUCACACACAACCAUCAACAGCAGCUGGCCUCUUCGCUUCCACGCAAGCGAAAGAAGUAUGUUUUUUUUGCAAGUCUGUCCAGCAUUCAACGAAGGAGUGCAGCAGCUCCCACACAGUGGCUGAGAAAAAACAUAUGUUGAAAGAGGAUGGUAGGUGUUUUCGAUGCACGAUGAAGGGGCACACUGCAAGAUUUUGUAAAGCGAGAGGUUUGUAUUGCAAAAAGUGCAAGAACAAGCAUCCAUCUUCGUUGUGCAACUCCGAGAAAGCAUCGUCUGUCAGUGAGGUGGAAUUAAAAUCAAAAGAAAAUUCGAAGUCUGUGGCAAUGCUUAAUCCAACAAUUAAUUUAUCCGUGCCGGAUAUUUCAAUUUCAAGACAGAAUACAAAAUCAUAUGUUUUUCUACAAACCGCGCGAUCUCUCCUAGCAGCAAAUAGUUCUUUGUCGGCGAGAAAUAAUUUAUUCGUUCGUCUUAUCAUAGAUGGUGGCAGCCAGCGCACGUACGUGAAAGAAGCAGUUGUAAAUAAGCUUAACUUACCAAUCGAAGGUUUUGUUAAUUUAUCCAUCAUUCCUUUCGGUCAAGACAAAAUUUCCUGUGCUAAUAAAAUGAAAAUUGUGAAAAUCGUUUUAAAAAGUCAAUUUGGGGAAAGAUCUGUGGAAGUUAUGGCGGUUGUUGUUCCAGAAAUCUGCUUAGAUGUCUUGGUUGCUCCGGAGAGUAAAAGCCCUCAGUUAGAUGGCUUCUGUUUGGCAGACUCAAAUUUGUGUGAACGUGAGCAAGAAGACGGAUUGAGUGUCCUAGUUGGAGCGGAUUAUUAUUGGAAGGUGGUUACUGGAAGAUAUAAGCGAAUAACAAGCCUUUUGACAGCAGUAGACACAAUCUUCGGGUGGACGCUUCAGGGUCCGUGUGACACAGGUGAUAUUAUGUCUAAUGAAACUGUCUCCACUCUUUUCAGCUCGAUAUCUUUUGAAGAAAUGUGGAGACUAGAUACCAUAGGCAUACGAGGCGACGAGAUGGAGAUGAAUGAAUUCACUAAAGAACUCCAAACUAAAUGCAUCAGAAAGACGGAGACAAGAUACGAAGCGCUCCAACCCUGGAAAACUUUAAAUGGACAGCUCGGAAACAAUAAAGAAAUGGCUUUGGCAAGGUUGCACUCCCUUUUAAGAAGACUUCAAAGAGAACCAGCUAAACUUCGCGAAUACGAUAUAGCAAUGCGGCAAUUUAUUACAGCAGGAUAUGCAGAGAGAGUAGUUCCGAGUGACGAGAAUACUAAGAACCUGUAUUAUAUGCCACACAGCGCAGUGUAUCGCCCGGAAAAGACAUCUACCAAGAUCUGA